AUGAAGAUUGAGAAGGUCCAUCUAGGCCGAGGAGCGUUACCCGCAGCAAACCACACGGGCAGUAUCGAUGCUGUUCCUGUGACGGAUGAUUGGUCCAAACGCAGGCUAUUGAGAUUCGUGAAGUUGCAGGCUUCAGAUGAUGCCCCAUUGCCAAGAGAAGAUGUUGGUACCAUCAAACUGUAUUUUUUCCGCGCAAGUCGUUCGCAGCCCAGUGGGAACUCAAAAACAGUUGCUACUGGGUUUCAUAAGAAACACACGGUUGACCCAAACAAGCUGGUUACUCACACGACGAUGGACGGUCUCUUUGUCCAAAGUCAUGCUACGGGUCUCGGGCCCAUCACGUUCGGCCCGCCGAAGAAAGUUCCUCCUGUUGGUACACAAGACAGUCUGCCAUAUGUCUCAUUUACCUUCUUAUACCGCUCGAGAGAAGUAAUGUCGGAAGUUGCACCCGAGGACUGGACUCUUACAGUCCAUCCACCACCGGCGAAUUUCGACAAGGAAUUGCCGGUGAUCAAGGACAAGGGCACUUUCGGCCGCCUUGUCAAACGUCCCACAGGUACAUCAUCUUCCAGCCUCGCAAAGCGGCCAUCGAUCGCGCAGAGGGCCAAGAAAUGGGCAUUUGAGAUGAAACAUAGUGCGAAGACUAUCAAACCUACGAGGAGGGGGACAGAUGACAAGGUCUUGUUCAAUAUAUACUGUCCAUUGAAGGUUGACUAA